CUUUGCAGAGCUCCCCAACACCACACCCCCACACAUCGCAAUGGGCGCAAUGAAACGGAAAGCAGAGGGGACCGCCCCGCCCAAGAAGGAGAAAGGCGCAUCGACCGACCGCUCGGCCAAGCGUCCGCGAAAAUCUGACGCCGCUGCAGAGCCGGCGCCCGCGACUGCGAAGCCUGAGAAGGCGGCGCUCAAGCCCAGCGUCUUCAAGGAUGAGGAAAAGGCUUUCCCCAGAGGUGGCGCGAGUGUUCUGACCCCGCUGGAGCACAAGCAGAUCCAGAUCCGGGCGAACCAGGACGUGCUGUUCGAGCAGGCCGGGCUGAAGCGUGGUGGUGGUGACGAUGCCCUCAGCGACAUGGGCGAUGAGGACGACGAGAAGGCUGCUGCAAAGGUCGCCAAGAAGCGCCCGGCCAAGAAGAGCAAGAAGGCGCACGCAGAUGGAGAUGCAGAGCCGAUCGUCCGCGUCGAGGGCCUGAACUACAAGAAACUGUCGCCUGGAACCCUCAUUCUCGGCCAGGUCACCGACAUCACCCAUCAGGAUGUUGUACUGGCCCUUCCCAACAACCUCGUUGGGUACGUGCCAUUGACCGCCGUCUCCGACAAACUCAACGAGCGGCUCGAGAAGCUUCUCAAGGAUGAGGAGUCGGGCAAAGAGGAGGACGGUGAUGGCGAGGGCGAAGGCUUCGAGGACGUUGACCUCAAAGACAUGUUCUUCGUCGGCCAGUACCUCCGCGCUUGCGUCACAUCUACCACCGACGACUCGGCAAGAGCACGAAAGCGACUGGAACUGUCAAUCGAUCCGAAGGUCACCAACAAGGGCCUGUACAAGCGAAAGAUACCCGUCAACACCAUGGUCCAAGCUUCCGUCAUCAGCAAUGAGGACCAUGGACUCGUCAUGGACCUGGGACUCGGCGACUCCAAGCUCAAGGGCUUCCUGCCAAAGGGCGAGCUGGGCCCCAGCGUGCAGCAUGCAAAAGUGCAAGAGGGAGCUGUCUUCAUGUGUCUGGUGACUGGUCUCAACUCUGACGGAAGGAUCGUCAAGCUGUCCGCCGACCAGACCAAAGCAGGCAACCUGACCAAAGGCAACACCCUGACCGAAGCACCCACCAUCGACAUCUUCCUACCUGGAACGGCUGUCGAUGUUCUGGUCGCCGACACCACGCCAGGUACAGUCACAGGCAAGAUUCUAGGACUGAUAGACGCCACAGCCGACGCCUACCAUUCUGGCAUUUCAGAGAAGGGUGGCGACAUGUCGAAGAAGUUGAAGCUUGGCUCCAAAGUCAAGGCGAGAAUUCUGUUCACGUGUCCAGACUCUGAGCCCAGAAAGGUCGGCAUCUCUCUGCUUGACCACGUACUAGCCUUCUCGUCUCGUAUGUCUGGGAAGCCCAAAGAUCGCAAAUCUCCCCUGGAGCUUCUGCCAGUUUCUACUAUCGUCGACGAAGCAAAGGUCAUCAAGGUAGAGCCAGGACAGGGUGCCUUUUUCGAGCUCGGUACUCGAGACGUCAUCGGAUUCGCGCACGUGUCUCGUCUUGCUGACGAUAGAGUUGAUAUCCUGUCCGAGGAUGCUGGCGCCUUCAAGCUCGCAUCCACACAUCGCGCACGAAUUAUUGGUUGGAACAACUUGGACGGCAUCUUCCAGCUGUCGCUAGAGCAGAAGGUCAUUGAUCAGCCUUUCCUCCGGAUCGAGGACAUCAAAGCUGGCCAGGUCGUCAAGGGCAAGGUCCACAAGCUCAUUGCUGAUAAGAACGGUGCUCCCGCUGUUCUCGUCCACCUCGCCGAUGGCAUCACAGCCCUUGUUCCAGAGCUGCACUUUGCAGAUGUGCAUCUCCAGCACCCAGAGCGCAAGUUCCGAGAGGGCGUAGACGUCAAAGCGCGAGUUCUGUACACCGAGCCCGCAAGACAUCAGAUCCAGCUCACUUUGAAGAAGACUCUGGUCAACUCCGACGUCGAGCCCUGGACAAACUACGCCAUGCUCAAAGAGGGCAUGACAGGGCCCGGUAUACUUGUGGACGUUCGACGCAAUGGUGCGACAGUUCGUUUCUACGGCGAUGUCAAGGCUUGGCUUCCAGUCGCAGAGAUGAGCGAGGCAUACAUUCUGGACGCCAGAACACAGUUCAGCAAAGGAAAGGUCGUUGAUGUCCGUGUCAUCUCAGUCGACCCAGAAGAGCGCCAGCUGUUGGUGUCUUGCAAAGACCCUGCCGCUAUUGACACCAACAAGGAGGCCGCUUUCACCGCACUGAACCCCGGUGACGUGACCAAGGGCUCCGUAGUCGAGAAAUCCGAAGAGCUCGUGACUGUCGAUAUCGGUAACGGUGUCAAGGGUCUUCUUCGUAUUGGUCAUCUCACGGACGGGUCGGAGAAGAAGAACAUUUCCACGAUGAAGACGAUAAGCGUCGGACGCGAACUGAAAGAUAUUGUCGUCCUGAGCAAGCACGACAAAUCCAAGACUGUCACGCUAUCCAAGAAAGCCAGUCUUCUGAAAGACGCACAGGCCUCGAAGCUCAUCACUCGCAUCGAAGACGUUGUGGUUGGAGAGUCUCUGCAUGGAUUUGUGCGUGGUAUUCUGCCCGACAAGGUGUUUGUGGAGUUCGGCAACGGCUUUAGUGGUGCAGUUUUCAAGUCACAACUGACAGACGAGAUGCUUCUGGCUCCGAACUUUGGCCUCUACAAAGACCGGUCUGUCACAGUCCGAGUCACACAUGUCGACCUUGUGAAGGGCUUCUUCUGGCUAUCAUUCAAGUCCGAGACAGAUACGCCAGCUGCAGCAACAUCUGAGACAGCAGAAAUCACCGGGGAGGCUCUUGUCGACCCGGUGGACCCCAACAUCACGUCUACCGGCGACAUCAAGUUCGGCACGAUCGUCAACGUUCGCAUUCGUUCCAUCAAGAGCACGCAAGUGAACAUUGCUCUGGCCGAAAACGUCCAAGGCCGUAUUUCAGUCGCAGAGAUGUUCAACUCGUGGGACGAGAUCAAGGACAAGAAGCACCCUCUGGCGCAGUUCAGCAUGAAGGACAUCGUCAAAGUUAAGGUCCUGGGUAGACACGACGCCCGCAAUCACCGUUUCCUCCCCAUAUCACACCGAUCGAGCAACAAGACACCGACAUACGAGAUGACUGCGAAGACGGUUGACUUUAAAACGGAGACUGACGUCUUGACGCUUGAUAAACUUACUCCUGGAGAUUCACAUGUAGCCUUUGUGAACAACAUCGCCGAUCGUUAUGUUUGGGUCAACAUCUCGGCGAACGUUCGUGGGCGCAUCGACUUCUUCGAUCUUACCGACGAUCUCGAGCAGCUCUCGGCUAUCGAGGAAAACUUCCCUGUGGGUUCUGCGCUCAAGGUCCGUGUCAAGACUGUUGAUGUUGCUGCUGGGCGACUGGAUCUGACUGCCGCGUCUUCCAUCACCGGCAAGUCACUCACCCUCAAGGACAUGAAGGUCGGAUACAUUCUACCUGCGCGCGUUACCAAGACACACGACGCAUCGGUGGUUGUGCAGAUUAGCGAGAACAUUGCUGCGCCCAUCUACCUUGAGCAACUUACAGAUGACUACGACAAGGCCAAGCCGUCGGAGUUCAAGGUCGGAGACGUCAUGCGAGUGUGCGUCACUGAUGUGGAUGUGCCCAACAAGAAGCUCAUCCUGUCUGCUCGGCCGUCAAAGGUCUUGAGCUCAUCUCUGCCAGUCAAGGACCCGUUGAUCAAGGAUAGGUCCGAGCUCAAGGUCAACCAGGUUGUUCGCGGGUUUGUCAAGCACGUGGCCGACAACGGUAUCUUUGUGCGGCUCGGCCCGCAUGUCGAGGCAUACGUACGCGUCAGCCACCUUUCUGACUCCUACAUCAAAGAGUGGAAAUCGGCAUUCCACGUCGACCAGCUCGUCACUGGAAAGGUCAUAUCGAACAAGGAAAGCACGCGAAACCCCCAACUAAGCUUGAAGUUGUCGGUCAUCCAAGGCGAGUAUGUCGAGUCGCUCGACUUUAGCGAUUUGAAGGUUGGACAGAUUGUGACGGCCAAGGUUCGACACGUGGAGGACUAUGGUGUUUUCCUUCUCGUCGACAACUCGAACAAUGUCAGCGGCCUUUGCCACAUCUCUCAACUCGCAGACUCACCAGUCGAGAAGGAUAAGGUGGCGGAGAUGUACAAGAAGGAUGACGUGGUCAAGGCUAAAGUGCUUGCUGUUGAUAUCAAGAAGAGGAGGAUCAGCUUUGGUUUGAAAUACUCUCAAAUCAAGGGCGAAGAUGCGGACGAAGAGAUGGAGGACGGAUCGGAUGCCGAGGUCGAUGAUGAGGACGAUUCAAGCGACGGCGGUGUCGAGCUCGACGAAGACGUGGAGAUGAGGAGCGUCAAGAGUGCAGACAGCGACGAUGACGAAGACCUCGCGGAUCAAGACGAUUCAGAGGAUGAGUCCGAUGACGAAGCCACGAAGACGGCAGCACCUGGACUCAGCACCUCAGGUUUCGACUGGACAGGCGCCACCAUGGACCUUGACAAGCAAAAGGCAGCCGAGUCUGAUUCAGAAGACGAAACACCCAAGAAGAAGAAGAAGUCCAAGAAGGCAACAAUCAAGGAAGACCGUACUGGUGAUCUUGACGCCUACGGGCCGCAGUCAGUGGCCGACUACGAACGACUUCUCCUAGGCCAGCCCAACAGCGCCGAGCUGUGGGUGCGCUACAUGGUCUUCCAGCGCGAGCUGAACGAGAUUGAGAAGGCGCGCCAGAUCGCUCGCCGCGCACUAGCAACCAUCAAUCCGCGCGAGGAGAAGGAGAAGCUAAACGUCUGGACCGCGCUACUCCAUCUCGAGAACGACUUUGCCAGCGACGACGCCCUGGACCAAGUCUUCAAAGAAGCAUGCCAGUACAACGACGCGCGCGAGAUGCACGAGCGCAUGAUCAAAAUCUACAUCUCGUCUGGGAAGCUCGACAAAGCAGACACCCUCUACCAAUCCAUGACAAAGAACAAAUCCUUCACCCCCGACCCCCUCUUCUGGCUCUCCCACGCCGCCUUCCUCCUAGACGUCGCAUCCCCCCCCUCCCCAGACCGCGCCCGCGCCCUCCUCCCCCGCGCAACCCAAUCCGUCCCAGCACAGCAACACCGCUACCUGACGCAGAAAUUCGCGGCCCUGGAAUUCAAGAGCGCAAACGGCGACGCGGAGCGCGGCCGCACUAUCUUCGAGGGGCUGGUGAGUGCGUGGCCGAAUAAGGGCGAUGUGUGGGAUAUGUAUGUUAGUCUUGAGAUGGGCAGGGGGAGCGAGGAGCAGGUUAGGGGGUUGUUUGAGAGGAUGACGAGGGUGGGGAAGUGGAAGAGACGGAUGGGGGUGUUUAAGAAGUGGGCGGAGUGGGAGGGCGGGGUGGGGGGUGGGAAGGGGGUGCAGAGGGUUAGGGGGUUGGCGGAGGGGGCGCUUGAGGAGAGGGCUAGUAGGGGAGAGGAGGACGUCCAUGGACUUGGUUUGUGGUACAAGACGGAAAAAUGA